CAUGAUUUAUCAAAAUUUAAGAAAAUCAAUAUCGCCAAUAAAAUCACGGUAACAUAUAUUAAAAAUUGCAUAACUUAUGUGAAAGAUAAGGCCCAAAUGCCACACGGAGCGUAGUGAUAAGAAGAAAUAAACAAUAUCGUUCGUCACAUCUUUAUGUUUAUCAGUGGCGUGGCGUUUAACAAUCAAAGCUUAAUUAGAAUUGCUGAUAAGAUGAGUUGCUUGAAUAACUCCGAGUCAGUCGUCAGUCGUGGCUAAGACGUCGACUUUUUACAGCCAUGGCGAGUUCAGUGACAAAAAACUUCGUUUUGCUGACAAGAUGUGCCAAAAUUGUGUCCAAUGGGUCAAAAAGGCUAUCCUCACAUUUUAUUUACUAUCCUGACAAUGAAAAACCGGUCGAAGGUGAGACGGCAAAAAUGAACAUGAUGCAAGCUAUCAACAAUGCCAUGGAUAUUACACUGAAGCAGGACUCCUCGGCCGUGCUGUUUGGUGAGGAUGUGGGCUUCGGAGGAGUCUUCCGUUGUGCACUAGGCCUACAGGAGAAAUAUGGCAAGGAUCGCGUGUUCAACACACCACUAUGUGAGCAAGGUAUUGCCGGGUUUGCCAUAGGGCUCGCCACAGCCGGGGCCACCGCCAUAGCAGAGAUACAGUUUGCUGACUACAUCUUUCCUGCCUUUGAUCAGUUGGUGAACGAAGCAGCUAAGUAUCGCUACCGCUCCGGAGGCCAGUUCGAGUGCGGAGGCCUGACGGUGCGCGCGCCGUGCGCCGCAGUGGGGCACGGCGCGCUGUACCACUCGCAGAGCCCUGAGGCGUUCUUCGCGCACGCCGCUGGGCUUAGGGUGGUAGUCCCCCGCGGCCCCAUCGCCGCCAAAGGCCUCCUGCUGUCCUGUCUGCGCUCCCGGGACCCCUGCCUGUUCCUGGAACCCAAGGUCCUGUACCGCUCCGCUACCGAGGACGUGCCGGUGCAGGACUAUACUUUACCGCUAGGGCAGGCUCAACUGCUUAGAGAAGGGUCAGAAGUGACGCUCCUAGGCUGGGGCACACAGCUGCACGUGUUGCUGGAGGUGGCGGACUUGGCUCGGGACCAACUCGGGGCGAGCUGUGACGUCAUCGACCUGCAGUCCAUCCUGCCCUGGGACCAGGAGACUGUUUGCAACUCGGUGAAGAAGACUGGACGUUGCCUGAUAGCUCACGAGGCGCCUCUUACUUCAGGUUUCGGUGCCGAAUUAGCUGCUACCAUACAGAACGAAUGCUUCCUGCACCUGGAAGCGCCAGUGUCCCGCGUGGCGGGCUGGGACGCUCCCUUCCCGCACGUGUUCGAGGCGCUGUACUUGCCCGACAAGUGGAGAUGCUUCAGCGCCCUCAAACAAUUGCUACAUUACUGACUGCCAGCGAAAAAUCUAACCCUUUAUCAGGCAGACAGUUCAACAAUAACAAUUGAGUGUCAAUCUCCCCCCGCGGACGCUGCGGCUGUGGAAUAAGUUCCCUGCCGAGGUUUUCUCGAGGGGCUAUAGCAUGGGGUUCUUCACAAAAGAAGAGUACCUACAGGUUUUUAAAAGGUCGGCAACGCGCAUGUAACAUCCCUGGAGUUGCAGGCGUCCAUAGGCUCCGGUGACUGCUUACCGUACGGCCCAUGCUUGUUUGCCACCUACGUGGUACACGGUACGAGUCGUGGUACGUGGUGGUGGUGGUCGUACGUGGUAAACAAGUCUUACUCAUUGAAAAUAGAACACGAGUUUUGUGUGCCGUAUGUGGGAAAUGUAAUCUCCCUCAGCCUGGUAAAGGGUUAGUUUGAAUUGCAAAAGUUCCUCACAUUCCAGUGUCUUGCCUUGGGAGAUGGUUGUUGAAUAUAAAUAAGUAGUUUUAUUUUAUAAGAAUCUUGUAUUGUAUUGUACAAAUGUGAAUUUUAUUGAUAUAUUAUUUUUUAAAUAAAUAUAUGUGUUUUCGAACGUU